AUGCGCUGCCAUAUUCUGACGGCGCUGGCCGCUUUGGCAGCUACUGCCGUCGCCGACGUCAAGUUCACAUCGCCUGUUGCUGGUCAACAAAUCGCUGGUGGCACGGCCGUCACUUUCACCUGGACUGACGAUGGGACCGCCCCCACCAUCGACCAAUUCGCUACCUACACACUGAACAUUAUCGCUGGUGGAAACACAGAAGCUACUACUUCCGCCGUCACCAUCAAAGCGGGUGCCGCUUACUCAGGUACAACUGGCUCCGUUACCUACACCAUCCCCCUUACUCUCGGUAAGACUGCGGCCAAUGGAUACUUUCUCCAGAUGAUCUCGGUCGGCGUCGAUGGAGGAACCGACAUUGUUUACAGUUCGCGCUUCGGUCUGACAGGCAUGACUGGCACUUUCUCCGCUGCUGUGCAACAAGGUGUCACUGCCGCCGGCUCCGACACGACCUUUACCCCAGAAGCUUCCCACGAGCUUGUUACUGGUGGUGAUGCUGCUACUGCCACUUCUGUCGUUCCCGAAGCCGGUGUGUAUACCGUUCCCUACCGCCUCCAGACCGGUCUCAUCAAGUAUGCUCCCAUGCAACCCAUGCCUGGAACAAAAAUUACCGCAAAGACCCCCUCCAUGUUGAACCCUACCUCGGCUUUCACCAUUUUCAGCACAUAUGCGCCGCCCGCCUCCAUCACCUUGACUGUGACCGAGUCUAACACUGUGAGUGUCUCGAGUAGAGAGAACCCGGCCGCCGCUGCUACUCAACCUACAGCUGCCGACAUGAAGAAGUACCUCAACCGCUGGAAGGACUAG